AUGGCUCCGACGACUUCGAAGGACACUCCUCCUCCGUCUGAUGUAGGGCCGCAGGCAGGGGUUUCAAUGACUCCUAUGCCCGCACUAGGAGGUGCAGCUGAGAGAGUGAUCUCCAUUCCUUCUGACAAAGAGGAGGAGGCCUCGGUGGUUCAGGUGGAGGAGGCCAUCCGACAGUUGCUGGCCCUUCGCGCGAAAAGUUUCGAAAUUGUUGACCUCACGUCCAGCGAAGUUCGAUCAGCAGUGGAAGAGCGCGACCGACGAUUGAACGAGACCAUGUCGUUGGAGGCAAGGCUGUCAGCAGAGUUGGAGCAGGUCAAGGCCGAGGGCGAACGAGUGGCCUACGAACAACAGAAGGCCGAUAAUCACUUUUCUCGCAUGUCUUCCGAGAUAGCGAAGCUGAAGCAAGUCAUAGCUGAUGCGCAGGCCUCCUUAGCUACUCAAGAGAAGGCUCGCGAACAGUUGGCAAUGGAGUUGGAGGAUAUUGAAUCCCGUCGACAAUCGGUCAUUGGUUCCGUUGAGGAAAAGGACCAAGCCCUCAAGCAGGCUAGAGAUACAAUCCAAGAUUUGGUCUCGCGUACUGAGGAAGAUUUUUGCCAAGAGAUCCUGAUGAAUCUCGAGCUUCAUUAUGCCAGGGAGAUUCGUGAGCCAGAGUUACGGCUGAGAGCUUUGUAA